UCGCGCAUAUGUGCAUGGAAACGCUCUCCUCAGCAAAAUGCGAAUUAUAUUCUGUACUGUUGUGAUAAGUGGUAUUGUGCAACGUCAUUUCCACCGCUCCUCGCUAUUCCCGCUGUCAUUGAGAAAAUAAUCACCUAUAAGUAUACAUUGGGCUUUUAUCUCUCUUCUUUGGAUUCUCUGACGCAGUGUGCGGUGCAUCAUAUCACAUGUACGAUUGGCGACCGAAGAAGUGUCAGAUACAGCCUAUCGUUCCUCCUUAGUCGAGUCUGACGGUUAGUUAUCGGGUGACAACCGAAAGAACAGUUAAUCGCACCGCUAUGGCGUACACGAAUGGCAAACAGACGACGAACUUCUCUGACUUAGUCCAACAAACGCGAGAUGCGUACAACAGUGGUAAGACCAGACCGAUAGAAUGGAGAAUCAAGCAAUUGAAGCAACUCCAGCAUAUGUUAAAGGAGACUUCAUCGAGUAUUAUAGCGGUGCUGGAGGAGGACUUACGUAAAUCCAAGUAUGAGUCGUACAUCGCGGAGAUCGACUAUGUGACACAGGAAAUUACAUAUGUGCUAAUGCAUAUCAAAGAAUGGGCAGCUCCGGAAAAACCGUCUGCGGGACUGGCGUACACUUUCGAUUCGGUGGAGAUCCGCAAGGAUCCCUAUGGUGUUGUGCUGAUCAUCGGUGCAUGGAACUAUCCCAUUCAGUUGGUACUGAGCCCCUUGAUAGGCGCAAUCGCGGCCGGAAAUUGCGUGAUCAUAAAACCGUCCGAAGUGGCAGCGGCUACGUCGAGAUAUCUAUGUGAGACCGUCCCGAAAUAUUUGGACACGGACUGUUGUCACAUAAUAUCUGGUGGAGUCGCCGAAACGACGGAGUUACUCAAGCAACGUUUCGAUUAUAUUUUCUACACCGGGUCCACGGCGAUCGGUAGAAUCGUGCGGGAAGCGGCUAAUAAAUACCUUACGCCUGUUACGCUGGAGCUGGGUGGCAAGAGUCCUGUGUACAUAGACAACACGGCGGACAUCGAAAUAGCGACGAAACGCAUCUUAUGGGGCAAAUGCUUAAACAGUGGUCAAACGUGCAUCGCUCCCGAUUACAUUCUUUGUACGCCUGAGGUGCAGAAUAAAUUUAUCGACAUAGCCAAAAAAAUCUUAAAGGAGUUUUACGGCGAAAAUUCACAAGAGAGUCCCGACCUCGUGCGCAUCGUCUCAGACAAACAUUACCAGCGACUUGUUGACUUGCUAGGCAACGGUAAGAUCAUUGUGGGCGGCAAUGUAAAUCCUGCAGAUAAGUUUAUCGAGCCCACGAUACUCGUUAACGUCAAACCGACGGAUCCUGUCAUGCAACACGAGAUUUUCGGUCCGAUAUUGCCGAUAGUAAAUAUUAAUAACGCAUACGAAGCAAUUGAAUUCAUUAACAGCCGUGAAAAUCCACUCGUACUAUACAUAUUUUCGAAGAACAAAGAAAUGCGAGAUCUAUUUGUCAACCAGACCCGCAGUGGAGGGGUAUGCGUCAAUGACACGUUAAUGCAUUUUGUCGUGGAGACCUUGCCUUUUGGAGGAAUAGGAAACUCCGGUAUGGGUGCCUAUCAUGGAAAAUAUUCGUUCGACACGUUCACGCACAAAAAGGGCUGUUUGUACCGAACCUACAACAAAUUGGCAGAAAAUUUGGCUCAGUGCCGCUACCCACCAUAUUCUGAUGCAAAAAUGAAUAUACUUCAACAAUUGAUGAAGAAAAGGUCAGGUAUACCAGGCCUGAAGUACUGGGCAUAUUUACUUAUGUUCGGCUUCGGUGUAGUUGCUACGAUUGGAAUCAGUGCUUUGUCAAAGGAAUUUAACUACCCGGAAGACCACUAGUAAUUACUUGGCUGUUAUCGACAUUUCGACAUAAUCGACAUUUAACAACAAAAGGCAGAUGUAAAGGCGUUGUUUAUCUUUAAUAUCCCACGUACAACAAAAAGCAUCAUUAUUUUUGUACCAUAUGUAAUAAACCUUCUACAUUGUUUAUACUUAAA